AAAACAAAAAUAGAUUAAAGAUUUAAAAUAUGUCUUCAGAAUCAACAAUAAAUAAUUGUGAAGAUUCAGUCAACCAAUCAGGAUUGGAGGAAAAAUCAUCCCUUCUGCCCUUAAAAAAAGAUAAUGUUGGUUACAAACGAUGGAUUAUGUUAUUUAUCUACUCACUUAACAGCAUAGUAAUUGGACUUUUAUAUAUAGGAAUAAGUCCAAAAAGUGUUAUCUCUAAAAGUUAUUAUAAAAUAAGUGACCUAAGUAUUCAAUUACUAAAUAAUCUUUUUCUCGUUGUUUACAUUGUUACUGCAAUGCCUUCAUCCUACUUGGUGUUUAGAAUGGGAUUAAGACCUGUGCUGAUUCUGGCAUCUGCAUUAAAUGCUUUAGGUACUGGUUUUCAUUUAGCUGGUUUUGGUCAAAACGGUUUUAAAUUAUUCAUUACUGGUCAAUUUUUUGCAGCACUUGGGAACAGCGCUAUUUUGCAAAUGCCCAGUCAGCUCUCGUCGCAAUGGUUUCCGAGCAACGAGCGAGGGAAAUCUACAGCUAUUGGUUAUUUCAUGAAUAUGAUUGGGGGAUCAUUAGGUUUUCUGCAAAAUACAUUUAUGAUUACAGAAUACAAUAACUUUGACAAGCUCAAAAAUCAGUUUCGAAUGUUUUAUUUAACACGAUUUAUAUUUGUCUUUUUUACGUUUUUAUUAACGUUGAUAUUUUUUAAGAAACCUCCAUUGCGUGACUCUCAACAUAAUGGUUCGUCAUCACAAGAAUUUAUUAAAAAAGAAAAAUUAAAAAAAUAUCUCAUAAUGCUUCUGAAAGAUAAACACUUUCUAGCUAUGUCGCAAUCAUAUUCAAUUUAUUUUGGACUAAUUUCAUCAACAAUUUUAUUUUUAAACAUAUUUAUGGAAAAAUACAAAAAAAAUUUUGCUGAAAAAAUUGGAUGGAUGGGCGUAUUUAGUCUGAUAUGUGGAAUUACUGGUUGUUUGCUUUUUGGUAUAAUAUUGGAUAAGUUAAAAAGAUUUCGACUAUUAGCAAUUGUUAUUAAUUUCAGUGCGACAAUGACGUGGUUAGGAUUUAUUUUGACAUUAAAAAAAACAGAUAGUUUCUUUGGUCCGUUAGUAAUGUUUUUGAUCUAUGGAUUUUUUGCUUAUGCUUACUCGACCAUUGGGCUUGAGCAAUCCGCAGAAAUGACAUUUCCAGUUCCAGAAGAGUUUUCAAGUGCCUUUAUUCUCAUCAUCGCUCACAUUUACGGUUUAAUUUUUGGUUUAGUGUUUGGAUUGUUUUUUCGACUUGGUUUGGUUGAAACUGUUCCUUAUAUUAUAUUAGGAUUUUAUCUUUUAAGUACAUUGCUAACUUGUGUUGUUAAAACUAAUUUGAAAAGAAAUUCCGCUGAACUUCUAAUUACAUUGAACUCGUAUUAAUUAUAUUAUACAAUUUAUAUUUAAUCAGGAUAAAACUUAUUUGAUUGUUACGUUUAAAAAAUCUUUUUAAAACUUUUUUUGUACCAUAUAAAAA